AUGAUAUCUCCGUCCUCUUCACGUUCUGCGAGCUAUGAUCGCACUCUAUCCCCACCCCACACAGCCCCACCGAGUGUUAAAAUGGUUAGAACGACUUUAAGAGUGGAGGGCAUGACAUGUGGUGCUUGUGUUUCUGCUAUCGAGUCGGGAUUUGAAGGUGUGAAGGGCGUACAAAGCGUGUCUGUUAGCCUUGUGAUGGGCAGAGGUGUCGUGGAACAUGAUUCAACAGUUUUAUCCCCAGAAAAGGUCAAAGAGAUGAUAGAGGACCGUGGCUUCGACGCUGACAUCCUCUCUACCGAGCCUCUGAAAUGCGCUAAAGACGGACUAAGUCUUUCUCUUAAUAAUGGAGGUCCCCAAAGUCGGCUUUCAACGACAACACUGUCGGUAAAGGGGAUGACCUGUGGUUCGUGCACAUCAGCAAUCGAAACAGGUCUAAAAGGCAUCGAUGGGGUAGUUGAUGUCACCGUUUCGCUACUCUCGGAGCGAGCGGUAGUCCAGCACGAUGGCUCCAAGAUUGCACCAGAUCAAAUUGCCGAAAUAAUCGAAGAUCGAGGGUUCGAUGCCGCAGUUUUGGACAUUAUCUCUCCCGAACAACCCGGGAAUACUUCACAAAUCAACGAGUCCGCGCUAAAGAAAAGUCCAACACAAAUGAGUACUACAGUUUCCAUCAAAGGAAUGACCUGUGGAGCUUGCACUUCAGCCGUUGAAGGUGCCUUGAAAAAUGAACCCGGCUUGAUUCGCUUCAAUAUCAGCCUUCUGGCUGAACGAGGCGUCGUCGUCCAUAACCCAGCCACCCUUCCUACCUCAAAAAUAGUUCAACUUAUCGAAGAUGCCGGCUUCGAUGCCUUUAUUCUUUCCUCUGACGUCGAUUCUUCUUUUCUCAACCAAUCUUCCGCCUCGCUUGGGUUUAAUCUCUAUGGUUUAACCGACGCUGCAACCGCUACUUCCCUAGAAACUCAACUGCGCGGGACCUCUGGGGUACUGGGCGCAAACGUCAAACUUUCAAAUUCACGUGUCUCUAUAACGUAUGAGCCUUCUAGAGUCGGUAUCCGAGCGCUCGUCGACGUCUGCGAAAAGGCCGGGUGCAAUGUCUUGAUUGCCGAUUCUGAGGACAACGACGCUCAGUUAGAAUCCCUAGCCAAAACAAAAGAAAUACAAGAGUGGCGUAGAGCCUUUUGGUUCUCACUUUCGUUUGCCGUUCCUGUUAUGUUCAUCAGCAUGCUGAUGCCGAUGUACCUCCCUGGUCUGGAUUUUGGAAGUUUCGAAAUUAUUCACGGCUUGUUCUUGGGCGAUCUUGUUUGUUUAUUUUUGACAAUACCCGUUCAAUUUGGAAUCGGGAUGCGAUUUUAUCGAUCCUCAUUUAAGGCUUUAAAACAUCGUUCGCCUACCAUGGAUGUGUUGGUGAUGCUGAGCACUUCUCUAGCGUUCGCCUUUAGCGUUCUCACAAUGCUUGUCUCUUUGCUCUGUAUGCCCCAUUCGCGGCCAAGCGUCGUUUUUGAGACCAGUACGAUGUUGAUUACCUUUAUCACUUUGGGUCGAUGGCUGGAAAAUCGCGCCAAAGGGCAGACAUCUCGUGCCUUAUCGAAACUGAUGUCCUUAACCCCAUCAAUGGCAACAAUAUACGAGGACCCCAUCGCUGCUGAAAAGACAGCCGAAAUGUCAUUGGGUUAUCGCACUUCGACUGAAGAGAAAAAUUCGCCAUCUGGCCCUGUCCGGGCUUCGAACCAGAAAACAAUUCCAACUGAGCUGCUCCAGGUCGGUGACGUUGUCUGCCUGCUUCCGGGAGACAAAAUUGCUGCAGAUGGUAUGGUCAUUCGUGGAGAGACUUAUGUUGACGAGAGCAUGGUUACUGGCGAAGCAAACCCAAUUCAUAAAAUUCAAGGUGCUCAGGUUAUAGCUGGCACCGUUAACGGAUCCGGAUGGGUUGAUUUCCGCGUUAUAAGGGCUGGGAGAGAUACGCAACUCAGCCAGAUCGUCAAGCUCGUCCAAAAUGCCCAGACGAGCCGAGCACCAAUUCAACGUAUGGCCGAUGUCGUUGCCGGCUACUUUGUUCCUGCAAUCCUGACUCUUGGGUUGAUUACGUUUGUUGGAUGGAUGGUUCUCAGUCAUCUGCUUCCUACGCCACCAGAUAUUUUCCUUCGCGCCAGCAGUGGAGGAACUUUGAUGGUCUGCCUCAAGUUGUGCAUAUCGGUUAUUGUCUUUGCGUGUCCGUGUGCUCUGGGACUAAGCACCCCAACUGCUGUCAUGGUGGGAACUGGUGUUGGUGCUGAACAUGGAAUUCUCGUUAAGGGUGGUGCGGCCUUGGAGUCCGCAACAAAGAUUCGACACGUUGUCUUCGACAAAACCGGAACCCUGACAACAGGAAAAACAACAGUUGCAGACGCUAAAAUCGAACGCACUUGGUCCUCAAAUGAGUGGCGUCGACGGCUUUGGUGGCUCGUCGUCGGCCUAACCGAGAUGACCAGUGAACAUCCUAUUGGCAAGACCAUAGUCUCCGCUGCAAAGGCAGAAAACGGAGCCUCAAAUGACGAUCCACUUAAUGGCUCUGUUGUUCAGUUUGAGGCAUCCGUUGGCAAGGGAGUUUCAGCCCUCGUCGAGCCUGCGUCUGGUGUUGAACGAGUCAGAUUCAACGUUUGUGUUGGUAAUGCCGUUUACCUUCGCUCGAAAAAUAUCCAAGUCCCUGUAAGUGUCGAUGCAGAUGCCGAUGGCCCACUUUCUCCCACGAUUUCCAGAAUCCAACCUUCCAAGUAUGACACCGUGAAUGGAGCAACUCGAGUGCAUGUUGCCAUAGACGGCGCCUACACAGGUACGAUAUGGCUUGAGGAUUCAUUAAAACCUACAGCGAAGGCCGCUGUUGCGGCUCUUCAUCGAAUGGGCCUUACUACUUCCAUUGUUACAGGAGACACAUUCAGCACUGCUCGAGCUGUUGCAGCAGCGGUGGGUAUUCCAGCAGAUUCCAUCCACGCCUCAGUCAGUCCGAUCGAAAAACAGGCCAUAAUCGCUAAGCUUCAAACGGUCUCCGGAAUCUCUGUCGCUAUGGUUGGUGACGGAAUCAAUGAUUCUCCUGCUCUAGCAACAGCAUCGGUUGGCAUUGCACUUUCCUCUGGCACUGAUGUUGCCAUGGAAGCUGCAGAUAUUGUUCUUAUGAGGCCCGAUGAUCUAUUAUCCGUUCCUGCUAGUCUAUGCCUCGCCAAAUCUAUCUUCAGGAGAAUAAAGCUUAAUUUACUUUGGGCAUGCCUGUACAAUGCCAUCGGCCUGCCGUUUGCAAUGGGUGUGUUCUUACCAUUUGGAGGAAUAUCGCUGCAUCCAAUGGCCGCUGGAGCUGCAAUGGCUGCCUCUAGCGUUAGCGUUGUGGUGAGCAGCUUACUUCUCAAGCUUUGGAAACGGCCCCGGUGGCUUGAUACAGAGAAGCUAGAGAGGGAGAUUGAGCAAGGCAAGAUCGACCCAAUUGGCUACAGACGCCGUGGGUCCGAUACGUGGUGGCAAAGCAGUCCAUUUGCAUCCGAUCAACCGGUCCGCAUUGGACGCGGCGCUACACGCCUUUUCCAAAAGGUCGUCAAGGUGUUGCGGCCGAAAACGAGGAAAACAGAAGAAGAUGGAUACGUUCCUUUACAAACAGUCGAACCGACUAGCUAG